AUUGAAGCGUCAAAUGCUAUGAAUGAGAGCAACAAAAUGUCACACAAUAUACCGUCGGUUAUCAAACAGUUUAUAUUCAACUUCAAUGAGUUAGAGAUUAAUAGACUUAAGGAGUUAUUUAGUUCAGUGGCUACUGUUAGACACCAGAGGGUUAGGACAGUAGUGUAUGAGACAGAGUGUGUUUCGGAUGCACUCCAUGUGUUGCACAAUAGGUCUGACCGUAAGUUUCCGCAAAUGAUUAAAAUGUUGGAAAGGAUUCAUGGAUUCAAUGAGUUGUGCGCAAACGACAAGUCAGUGCUCUUUAAAGCCCCCUGUCCUCAGCUCAUGCUUUUGGAGAGUAUUAUACUUUUUGACUUUAAUGGCCAGUUCUGGACGAUUCCUAUUAGAAGUGAUGUCACGAAUCAUGUCAUCAAGUAUUUAGAUAUCAAAGACUUGUUUGGUUUGCAACGAGUGUCACAACAAUACAGGGAUUGUGUGAAAGAAGUUCUUCAGAAGAAGAGAGAAGUGAGCGUUGGAUUCAAUGAUCUGAACCCGAGUUCUCCGUUAAGAUAUUUUAAACCAAACUUUGAGGCCAAUGAUUGGAAGCGCAUUGAUAUCACACAAGCGAUCUCUUUGGUGGACAAUGAUAUGGUAUUAGAUCACAACCAAAAUAUAGAGCCUAUUGUCCGCCAAUUCCGAGACGUGAAGAAGUUAUAUCUGUCCACAACUGUCAUCAGUUUCAAGACAUUAAAGCUGAUCGUCAAUCAGUGGCCACAACUCGAAGAAUUUUAUAUCAAUGGCAUCGAUAUCUAUCGCUCAAGUGAUCAGACAAUCACCGAAUGGACACAACUUCUAUCAAAAGUCAGACACAUAUCCAUCGGAGCUUUGAAACGAAAUUGUAGGCCAUUUUUCACGGCUAUUAUCGCACAAUUGCCGUCACUUCAAAGUAUAAAUGCUUAUCCUAUGUGUGAGUCAUGCCCUUUGGAUCAAACCAUCGCUCUAUCAUUACUGAUUGAUUGUCUGCCGGCAGACAUCCAAUGCCUACACAUCGGUGUGACUCCAGCGGACAGUCAGGCACUGGAUGUGAUCACAAGUAAAUGCACACAAUUAAAGAAACUAUCCAUUUAUGAGUGUUUGGCGCCUUCAACUCACAUCUUAGAGAUUCAUCUCUGGAACCAGUGGUUCGCAAUGAUCUGCGAUCGACUCAAAGCACUCCAGUAUUUGCGAACAAAUUUGGUCGACAUUUCUGCCAAAGAAUUUGCCGAAAGUGUGACAAAACUAAAGGAUUUACAAUCACUUCACAUCGGAUCCAGCGAUUGGCGCACUCACGGGAAAACCCAUUGGAUGUGUUUUGACACUCAAGAGAUGGCCAAAUAUAUGCCGCCAAUGGUGUCGUUGAAGACACUAUCUCUGCAGCGACUCAAGUGUUCACCGAAUCGGUUGAUAUAUUUUGCCCAAAUCCUACCGAAUGUCCGCCAAUUGACUGUCGAUUUCAUGAGUUAUCGCUCGGAAUGUAAACACGGAGACGAUUGCGAUGAGUGUUUCUAUCGGUGUAUGGAUUUUGUAUCAAAACUGCCGAAUUUAAAACACAUUAUGUUUCGAAAUGGUUUCAAUGAUCUCAUGACAAGACAUGUAUUGGAAUUGUUUGCAGACGUGGAUCAGCUGUAUAUUGAUUCAAAAAGCAAAUAUUUCAUCGAAGAGCUGAUUCAUUUCAUAAUCUUUUCACUCGACAAUAGACGGCGAGUAUUGCGAUUGGAUUUGUUGCCAAUCGUGAAGAGACAACUGAUCCAAAGAAUGGCGGCAUUGGAUCUCCCAAUGAAUGGACGUGUGAUUGUGGGUCAUAUCAAUACUCUUUCAUAUCGAUUAUUGUUGUAA